AUGAUUGAGUCUUUCAAAUCCGUUAUUGAAGAGCCGGUUCAGAUUGUUGCGGUCGAAACGGCGAAAGAGGUUGAACAACCGGUCAUUGAAGAACGGUUGAUUCCGGAAGAGCAGGGCAAGAAGCGUAGCGCCGAGGGAGAGAUGGUCGGCAGGAUCACCGACUUGGGCCGCCGCCUACAUAAUGCCUUGAGAGGAUUGACCUGGGUUGUUAUUGAUCCAACAAGGACUGUUUCGGCUGGAAAAGUUGAGAUUGGGGCAUUCAGAACAUACCCAGAAGGAUAUAAACCUCCAGAUGAGCCUGUUUCUGAGUAUCAAACCAUCCCUUUAAACAAGAUUGAAGACUUUGGUGUACAUUGCAAACAGUAUUAUUCAUUGGACAUCACGUAUUUCAAAUCAUCACUUGACUGCCACCUCUUGGAUCUGCUAUGGAAUAAGUACCGGGUGAAUACUCUUUCCUCAUCGCCUUUACUGGGGAAUAAAGACUAUGUUGCCGGACAAAUUUCUGAUCUAGGUAUGUCUAAAGCUAUUCUUGAGAGAUAUAGAGGUUCUACAUUUCUCCUGAAUUACUUAAAUAGUUACUUAAAAAGCCCCAGGAAUCUGUGAUGUUAUGGGUUUUAA